AUGGCGAACCUUUAUUUCACUCAUUCGAGCGCGCCGCUCAAGACUGUUGAGGAGAUCCAGUUUGGUAUUCUCUCACCCGAGGAGAUUAAAAAUAUGAGCGUGUGCCACAUCAUCUAUCCUGAAACUAUGGACGAGAUGCGCCUGAAGCCGCGCGAGGGCGGCUUGAAUGACCCUCUUCUCGGUUCCAUUGAUCGGCAGUUUAGGUGCAAAACCUGCACGCAAGCCAUGUCGGAGUGCCCGGGGCAUUUUGGCCACAUUGAGCUGGCGAAGCCUGUUUUCCACCCGGGCUUCAUCAAGAAAGUGAAGAAGAUCCUCGAAAUGGUUUGCCACAACUGUAGCAAAGUCAAGGUCGACAGGACCGAUCCUGAAUUCGCCCGUGUCGUUCGUCUGCGUGAGCCUAAGGCGCGGUUCCACAAGGUUUGGGAACUCUGCAAGAAAAAGAACAUUUGCGACAACGAACCCCGAGAAAGGAUUGAACCGGGCGCUGCGAGCGAUAACAAGGUUAUCAUUAACCACGGUGGCUGUGGCAACCUCUGCCCCGAGGUUCGCCAACAAGGACUCAAUAUUUUCUUGAAGGGUGGCCAGGCCGAUCAAGAGGGCGGUCCUGCUUCAAAGAAGAAGGACAUGGUGCCUAUCUCUGCGGAGCAGGUAUUGAAUGUCCUCCGCCGCAUCUCUGAUGAUGACCUGAGAGACAUGGGUCUGAACUCGGACUAUGCGCGACCUGACUGGAUGGUGGUCACUGUGUUGGCCGUUCCUCCUCCUCCUGUUCGUCCCAGUGUUUCCAUGGAUGGCACUGGAACUGGUAUGCGCAACGAAGAUGACUUGACCUACAAACUGAGCGAUAUCAUCCGCGCCAAUGGCAAUGUCAGACAGGCUAUUAGUGAGGGUUCCCCCAAUCAUAUUCUCCGCGAUUUCGAGCAGCUAUUGCAAUAUCACGUCGCUACCUAUAUGGACAACGACAUCGCCGGAUUGCCUCGCGCGCUUCAAAAGAGCGGCCGUCCUGUCAAGGCCAUUCGCUCACGCCUCAAGGGCAAGGAAGGUCGUCUUCGAGGUAAUUUGAUGGGUAAGCGUGUCGAUUUUUCGGCCCGUACCGUCAUUACCGGUGAUGCCAACCUCUCCUUGGACGAAGUAGGAGUGCCCCGUUCCAUCGCUCGCACUCUUACUUACCCGGAAACUGUUACGCCUUACAACAUUGGCAAGCUUCACCAGCUCGUGCAGAAUGGCCCCAACGAAUAUCCUGGUGCUCGCUACGUCAUUCGCUCCGAUGGCACGAGCAUAACUCGAAUUGAUUUGCGCCACCACCGUCGUGCGGGACAAAUUACUUUGGAGUACGGCUGGAAGGUUGAGCGUCACCUCAUGGACGGCGACUACAUCAUCUUUAACCGACAGCCCUCUCUGCACAAGGAGUCUAUGAUGGGUCACAGAGUGCGCGUCAUGCCUUACUCGACCUUCCGUCUCAACCUCUCCGUCACAUCUCCCUACAAUGCCGAUUUUGAUGGUGAUGAGAUGAACUUGCAUGUCCCUCAAAGUGAGGAAACGCGCGCAGAGGUCAAGGAGCUGUGCAUGGUACCUUUGAACAUUGUGUCUCCCCAGCGUAACGGUCCCCUCAUGGGUAUUGUUCAAGACUCUCUCGCUGGUGUGUACAAGCUUUGCCGAAGAGACACAUUCUUAACCAAAGAGCAAAUGAUGAACGUCAUGCUUUGGGUACCUGAAUGGGACGGUGUCAUUCCCAUUCCAGCAAUCCAUCGGCCUGUCCCUCUCUGGACUGGCAAGCAGAUCAUUAGCAUGGUUAUCCCUACCACCAUCAGCCUGUUCAAUCCGAGCGACAGCCGCGAGGAUGCUCCGUUGAAGGAUGAAGGCCUUCUUAUUCAAGGUGGAAGGCUCAUUUACGGCCUCCUCUCCAAGAAGAGUGUGGGUGCUGCCGGUGGUGGUAUUGUUCAUUUGGCGUACAAUGAGCUAGGACCAGGAGGUGCCAUGGCUUUCCUUAACGGCGUUCAACGCGUGGUCAACUACUGGUUCUUGCAUGUCGGCCAUUCUAUCGGUAUUGGCGACACAAUCCCAGACAAGGUGACCAUUGAAAAGGUUCAGGCCCACAUCGACGAGCGCAAGGCUGAGGUCGCUGCAUUGACUGCGCAAGCCACGGCUAAUCAGCUCGAAGCGUUGCCUGGUAUGAACAUUCGAGAGACAUUUGAGAACAAGGUGUCCAUCGCCCUCAACAAGGCUCGUGAUGAUGCCGGAACCACAACUCAGAGAAGUUUGCGUGACUCGAAUAACGCUGUUCUCAUGGCCUCUUCGGGUUCCAAGGGCUCGUCUAUCAAUAUCUCGCAGAUGACGGCGCUCGUCGGCCAGCAGAUUGUCGAAGGAAAGCGUAUCCCCUUUGGAUUCAAAUAUCGUACUCUUCCUCACUUCACCAAAGAUGAUUACUCGCCAGAGGCGCGUGGUUUUGUAGAGAACUCGUACCUCCGUGGCUUGACGCCGAGCGAGUUCUUCUUCCACGCCAUGGCUGGUCGCGAAGGUCUAAUUGACACGGCUGUCAAGACUGCCGAAACAGGUUAUAUCCAGCGACGACUUGUCAAGGCGCUCGAGGAUGUUAGUGCGAAGUAUGAUGGUACUGUGCGGAACUCUCUUGGCGAUAUCGUCCAGUUCCUGUACGGAGAAGAUGGCCUCGAUGCCCUUUGCAUCGAGAAGCAGCGUAUGGACCACCUCAGCAUGUCUCACCACAACUUUGAAUCACGCUAUCGUCUGGAUAUCAUGGCCAGAAAGCGACCGGCUGCCCUUGACGCCCUGGAGUACGGAAAUGAGAUGUUUGGCGAUCCUGCAGUGCAGCAGUUGUUGGAUGAGGAAUACGAGGCCCUCAUGUCUGAUCGGAACGUCAUUCGAGAGAUCAACUGGAAGAAGAAGGGUGACGAGAUGAUGCAAUUGCCUCUCAAUGUGGUUCGUUUCAUCGACUCGGCGCGUAGGCUGUUUGGCGUCGAUGGUAGCCAGCGUAGCGACCUCCGUCCGCAGGAUGUUGUCCCCGCCGUCCAGGCCAUGCUGGACCGGAUGACAAUCGUACGCGGCAGGGAUCCCAUCUCACACGAGGCGGAUAAGAAUGCCACCAUUCUCUUCAAGGCACAGCUUCGAUCGCGAUUGGCAUAUAAGCGCAUUGCCGUCAACCAGCGUCUCAACAAACUCGCUUUCGAACACGUCCUCGGUGAGCUCCAAGGUCGCUGGGACAAGGCUUUUGUCAACCCUGGCGAGAUGGUUGGUGUGCUCGCGGCACAGUCCAUCGGAGAACCCGCCACUCAGAUGACGCUCAACACAUUCCAUUUCGCUGGUGUGUCGUCGAAGAACGUUACUCUAGGUGUGCCGCGUCUGAAGGAGAUUCUCAAUCUGGCGACCAAUAUCAAGACCCCGUCCAUGGUGGUCUACCUGGACGGGUCCAACGCCACCCAGGAAGCUGCCAAGGUCUUGCGUAAUGCUGUAGAGUAUACUACUCUCCGCUCAGUCACAGCAGUGACGGAGAUUUAUUACGACCCAGAUGUCCUCUCGACGACCAUUCCCGAAGAUAUGGAUAUGCUUGAGUCGUACUGGCUGACGGAUGAUACGAUGCGUCACACCGUGGACGACCAGUCACGCUGGCUCCUUCGUAUCGCCCUUGACCGGCAGAAGAUGUUGGACAAGGGUCUCGACAUUGAGGAUGUGGCGGCCCGAAUCCGCCAGGAUUACCCCACCGACCUUGCCGUGAUAUCCAGCGACAACAAUGCCGACGAGCAAGUAAUCCGCAUUCGAACAAUUACAAGCAACAAUGACAAGGAUGGCGACUCAGCCGCCAUUGAAGACGACGUCAUGCUCAAGCGCUUCGAAGGUCAUCUUCUCGACACACUCACGCUGCGUGGUGUGCCGGGUAUUGAGAGGGCCUUCCUUACCAAGGGUGAUAAGUUGAUUGAAAUCGACGAUGGGUCCCUCCUCGCGGCCAAGGCCGAUCCUCGCUGCGAAGAAUGGUAUCUCGAUACUUCGGGUAGCGCGCUCCGAGAGGUGCUCAUGAUUGAUGGCGUCGACACGACCCGGACAUACACCAACAAUAUCUGGCAGAUUUUGGAAGUCUUUGGUAUCGAAGCAACUCGUGCAGCGCUCGUGCGCGAGCUAACGCAGGUGUUGGCUUUUGAUGGUUCGUACGUCAAUCACAGACACAUUGCCCUUCUCGUGGACGUGAUGAGUUAUCGUGGAUCGAUCUCGGCCGUUACUCGCCACGGUAUCAACCGCGCCGAUACUGGUGCACUGAUGCGUUGCUCUUUCGAAGAGACUGUCGAAAUUCUUCUGGAGGCGGCCGCGUCUGGAGAACUCGAUGAUUGCCGCGGUAUAUCUGAGAAUGUCAUGCUUGGACAAAUGGCACCCAUGGGUACUGGUAAUUUCGAGGUGCUCUUGGAUCCUAAGAUGCUCGACACGGUCAUCUCGGAUAAUGCGCGCAUGGGUCUUAUGCCUGGGAUGUCGCUCAAGGGAGGGCCGUCGGAGGGCGCUGCCACCCCUUACGAUUCGGGCUCGCCCAUGGCAGAUUCUGGCUACGUUUCCUUGGGGCCGGGCACGCCGGAUGCGGGCAACUUCUCUCCAAUUGUGGGAGCAGGCAGCGAGUCUCCUGCUGGGUUCCAAACCUCGUAUGGACAAGAUGGAUACGGCUCUGGCAGUUUCAGUCCCUAUUCUCGCGGGGGCGCCACCAGCCCGUUCAAUACGUCGCCGACGUCCCCCAUGGGCGGAUACGGAGGGUACUCGCCGACUUCGCCGCAUGUGGGAUACUCACCCACUUCGCCCAUGUUGGAUGGAUCAGGAGCGCGCUUUGCUACGUCGCCCUCAUUCAGCCCUUCAUCGCCGUCCUUCUCGCCGACGUCUCCUAUGCUCCACCGGCCUACCAGCCCCAACUACAGCCCGACGUCUCCGACUUACUCGCCGACGUCGCCAACGUCGCCCAGGCACUAUUCUCCUACAUCGCCGAACCAGUUCAACUCGCCGACGUCACCCAACUACUCGCCGGCCAGUCCCAACUACAGCCCGGCGUCUCCCAAUCUUCAUGCAGCUGGGGCGACCUCGCCGUCAUACUCGCCGGCGUCGCCCAAAUGGUCUCCCACUUCGCCUCAGUCAUACUCGCCUACGAGCCCUACCUUCCAACGAAGCCCGGCUCAGCAGUCGCCGACGAGCCCCAGCUACUCCCCUACCUCUCCUCAGUGGUCACCGCGCACCCCUGGGCCUCAGAAUCAAUAA